CACACCCACACCCACACCUGAAAGUCCGAACUACAGCGUCUUCAACCCGUUUAAAUUACUGUCACAAAGGAUCUCUUCAACUCCAGUAUAAGCUCCAAACACCAGAAAAAAGUUAGCGAUGGUGACAAUCAGAAGCAAGAAAUCAAUUGGAUUUACUUGCUUCUUACUUUUUGUUAUGCUCACAAAUUCAUCAAUACUUGGAAUUUCUGCUGCUGAACCUCUCCAUCAUCAAGAUCAGGGUUUGGGCGAAAAUGCUGAAUCUAGAGAUUUAAAAAAAGAACACGAACACAUUCAUGAGGUACACUGCUCCAGGGAAAGAAGCAGGGCGGCGUGGGAAAUUGUCGAAAAGUAUUUGAUGCAUUUUGUGGAGCGGGAAAGGUACGAAAUUUCGAGGAAUUGUAGACUCCAUCCAGACAAUGAUCUCUUUAGAGAUCAGGAGAAUCACAAGAUUAAAGAGGAUGUAAACGAAUGGCAAUGUGGAUAUUGUAAGAAAAGCUUCUUAUCAGAAGAAUUCAUUGACCGGCAUUUUGACAGCAGACAUUACAAUCUUCUGAAUUUUACUGGAAGCAAGUGCUUGGCAGAUUUAUGUGGUGCAUUGCAUUGUGAUCAUGUUCUGGGUUCAAAAUCACCUAGAGCUAAGUGCAAUCCUGCAGCAGCUGCAAGGAAUCGCCACUUGUGUGAGAGUCUAGCUGAUGCCUGCUUUCCUGUUAGUCAAGGACCAUCCGCAAGCCGUCUUCAUGAGUUAUUUUUGCAACAAUUCUGUUAUGCUCACACAUGCACAGGAGGAAUAAAACCAUUCUCAAAAGGAGGAAGGAAGGAAACAAGUGUGCUUUACUUUGCCGCUUCAGUAUUGACAUUAAUGCUACUUCCCCUUUUCUACGUUUUGGUGUGUUUGCACCAGAGUGAAACACGAAAGGAUACCCAAGAGCUUAAGAGAAUCUCAAGACUGGGCCGCAAAGCAAAACCUAUGUGAUCAGUAAAAAAAUGAAAUUGCGAUAACAAACUGAUACAUAGUAGACACUGGUUCAUGCUCUUGGAUUUCGAAGCUGGUGCAGCUGACAUAUUCGUUGUUUCUCUUCCUUGAGAAACUGAAUAUGUUACUGGGUGGCUUAUUGAUUAAAGAGGAUCGAGGAUUCGAGGGUCACCUAAGAAUUGCAGAAGAUUUACAGAACGCUAACUUUUUGAGGACGCACUUCAGCACACCAGCUUAUUGUCUGGCAUUGUCCAAAGCACCCAGCAAGUUCUAACCACCGACUUGCUUCAACGUUUCAUGGAGCAUCAAAUACUAGCAUUUUAUUUUUGUUGUAGGUCGAUUCUGAAUUUACGUUCCAUGUUCAAGUUAGCAGUGACCAUUGUAUUGAAUUUUAUACUUGGAUUAGACUGUAGAUUGUCAUUCAGCUAUGUUUCUGUUCAUCUUUUUUAACUGGACAUUGCAGAAGUGAAUACAAGCAAAUAAACAUAAAUGAUUGUAACA